GCAACAGCAAAUCUGCUUUCUCAUACUCUCACGAGCGAUAUCCGGACCCUCGUGCGAGGAGCGAAAUCAGGUUAAAGUCUUCCUCGUAAAGUAAGAUGAAGCUCUUUAAGUCCAGCACAUCUGAGCAACAGCUCGAGUCCCUCAGGUCGCAGAAAUGCGAGGUCAAGUGCGAGGCGGAGCAUGUCGUACCCAAGCCUGGUUGUGCUCGGGUGGACCCUUGCCGUGUUGAAGGCCCACAGGACACGCAGAAGAUCUCCCAAAAGAUCAUUGAGGGCAAGACUCCUACUCCUACUGAGGUCAUCAACUACUUCAACGCUGAGUUGAAGAAGCGCAUUUGCUUCUUGGAUGGUGGCAUGGGUACGCGAAUCCAGGCUGAGAAGUUGGAGGAACCAGAUUACCGCGGAGACAGGUUCAAGGAUUUCAAUGAGAAGGAUGCCAACGGUGUUCCAGUGUCCUUGAAGGGCAACAAUGAUUUGUUGAUUUUCACCAAGCCUGACAUGGUGAAGGACAUCCACAAGGAGUACUUCGCAGCAGGCUCUGACAUUUGCGAGACCAACACUUUCAAUGGCACCUCUGUGUCUCAGGGUGAGUACAAGAUGCAGGCCAUCGUCCAUGAGAUGAACAAGGUUGGAGCAGAGCUCGCCAAGAAGGCAGCAGCAGAGGUGACCAAGGAGGAGCCUCACAAGCCCCGCUUCGUGGCAGGAGCUGUUGGUCCUACAAGCCGCACUUUGUCUGUUUCCCCCAGUGUCGAGGAUCCCUCCUUCCGCAACGUCACGUGGGAUGAGCUGGUGGCUGCAUACAAGGAGCAGGUCAGUGGCCUUGUGGACGGUGGUGUCGACAUGUUGAUGAUCGAGACCGUCUUCGACACCCAGAACUGCAAGGCCGCCAUUUUUGCCGUGGAUGAAUAUUUCAGGGAGACCAAGAAGGAGAAGCUCCCAGUGAUGCUCAGUGCCACCAUUGUGGACAACAGCGGCCGCACCCUGUCGGGUCAGACCAUUGAGGCCUUCUAUGUGAGUGUGAAGCAUUGCAACCCGUUCACCGUUGGCAUCAAUUGCGCCCUGGGUGCUGCGCAGAUGAAGGGCUUCUACAAGAAGCUUGCCGACAUGAACACCGGCUGGUGCCAUGUGUACCCCAAUGCUGGCCUGCCAAAUGCCAUGGGUGGCCAUGAUGAGGAUCCGGAGAUUUUCUCCACCAACAUCUUGGACUAUGCCAAGGAUGGCUUGCUCAACUUUGUGGGUGGAUGCUGCGGCACUUUCCCAUCCCACAUCGCAGCUGUGUGCAAGAAGGUCGAGAAGUGCCCGGUCCGCAAGCUGCCUGAAUUGCCCAAGUAUCCCACCAUGAUGCUCUCUGGUCUCGAGCCAUGCAGUGUCACUGACGAGACAGGCUUCCAAUGGGUCGGAGAACGCUGCAACCUCAUGGGCUCCGCCAAGUUCAAGAAGUUGGUAGAUGCUUACAAGUGGGAUGAGGCAAUGGAGGUUUGCAUUGCUCAGUGCGAGAAGAAGGCUGACAUUUUGGACUUCAACUUCGAUUCCGACCUCAUCGACGGCCAGACUGCAAUGAGCAAGUUCAUGAAGCUUUGUGUCACAGAGCCCACUGUGGCCAAGUUGCCUUUCAUGAUUGACUCGUCAAAGUGGCAUGUCGUGGAGGAAGGCUUGAAGUGCGUGCAGGGCAAAUGCAUCGUCAACUCCAUCUCGCUCAAGCCAGGUGAGGAGGAGUUCAUCAAGCAUGCCGACUUGUGCAUGCGUUACGGUGCGGCCGUCGUUGUCAUGGCGUUCGACGAGAAGGGCCAGGCUGCAACUUAUGAAGACAAGGUCAGGAUCUGCCAGCGCAGCUACAGGGUCCUCAGGGAGAAGUUGGAUUUCCCUCCAGAGGACAUCAUCUUCGACUGCAACGUGCUGACCAUUGCCACUGGCUUGCCAGAGCACAACUCCUAUGCUCUUGACUUCAUCAAUGCAGUUGCAGAAAUCAAGCGCACUUGCCCUUGCGUGUCCUUCUCGGGCGGCUUGAGCAACUUGUCCUUCUCUUUCCGUGGUCUCAACUCCCUGCGAGAUGCAAUGCACACGGUGUUCCUGCAUCACGCGGUCCCCAAAGGUUUGAACAUGUCCAUCGUCAAUCCUGGUGGACUGCCUCGCUAUGAGGACAUUGAGGCCAAAACCCGCAAGCUGGCGGAGGAAGUGAUUCUGAACAAGUCCGAUGAUGGCACUUUGCCUGUCAAAGAUGGUCAAAGUCAAAGGGUUUCAUGUUCUGUUUUCUUAUAUUUACCAUAG